AUGGAAAAUGAUGAAUUAAAAACAUUUUCAACUAAAUGUCGGUGCUGCUUACAAAUUCUUGAGGACCGACAGAAGCUUAAUAUCGGUGAAAUAGUGAGAGAAAAGUUCUUUGAAAUGACCCAACUCGAGCUGUCAUCAUCAACAAAGUUACCUCAAUUUAUCUGCUAUAACUGCUUCUCGAUUUUGUCACGUUAUUCAGCUAUGAAAAAGGGAUUCGUUGAGAAUCAAAAUAUUUUAAUUAAUUUAUUAAAGAAGAGUGAAAGCAUAGAAAUAACUGAUUUGUAUGUUAAAGUUGAGGCUAUUCAUGAACAUAAAAGCAGUAAAUUGAGUGAAAGUCAUGAUGUGAUAGCUUUGAGGAAUCCAGAAGAGUUGUACCAUGUUGAGGAGUUUGAUGAUAAGCAAGUGAAGGUUGAAGUUAAAUCAAUUGAUAGGACGAUGUUUUGUGAUAUUUGCAACAAAGUUUUCAAUAGUCGACGUACUUUAAAGGAUCACACAACUCGAAUUCAUCUUCAAAUCAAAAAGCAUCAUUGCGAAAAGUGUCAAUACAGUUGCUUCUCAUCAUAUGAGCUGAAAUCUCAUAAAACUUCCAAACAUAAAAAACACCUUGUUCCUGUUCAAAAAAUUCGUUGUGAUCAAUGUGAUCUAAGGUUUUCUCAGCAGUCAUGUUUGGUGAGGCACAAUAAAGCAUGUCAUCAAAAAUUAACUCGCUUUGAAUGUGACAAAUGUGGACAUAAAACCUUUAAAAAGGAAAACAUCAUCAAGCAUAUCAACACUCAUCUUCCAAAUACUUCAAAACGACUUUUUAAAUGUUCAAAAUGUUCAGCACAACUUACUUCCCUAUACAUCCUUAAAAUGCAUGAAAAGAAUUUCCAUAAAAAGUCACAGAAGAGCUUUGUCUGUCAAUAUUCAAAUUGUGAUAAAAGUUUUGCUCGUAAAAUUUCACUUGCAGAACAUCAGAAAUUUGUGCAUUUAAAAGCUCGUCCAAUAUGCUGUGACAAAUGUGAAAAGUCAUUUUCAUCGAAAUCUCAUUUGACAAGGCACCAAAAACGAAAGCAUUUUAAUUCAAAUAAUUUAUUAGCAAAUAAUGAAAUUGAUUAG